AUGGUGCCGCUGACGAUCGUCCAUCGAAGGGGGAUAGAGCUAGACGGCAAGAACAGGCUUCUCCUUCACGGUUACGGGUCGUACGGAAUGUCCUUGCCGAUCGACUACCACCCGGCACAAGCUUGUAUGUUGGAGAGGGGAUGGGUGUUGGCGUUUGCACACGUGAGGGGGGGAGGGGAGCGAGGCAAGGCCUGGCACGCUGGUGGGCGAGGAUUGGACAAGUGGAACAGCUUCUGGGACUUCGAGGCGUGUGCGGAGCACCUUGUGUCCGGGGGGUUCACCAGCCCCUCGCUUAUGGGCGCUCAGGUGAACAGCGCCGGCGGUCUGCUUGCGGGGGUGAUGGCCAACCAAAGACCCGGCUUGUUCUCGGCGAUGGUCAUGAAGGCCCCGUUUUUGGGGGUGCUCUCCGCCAUGCGUGACAGCUCUUUGCCGCUUACCGUCCACGAGUUCGACGAGUGGGGCGAUCCCAACAGCAGCGCCGAGGUCGAGUCUAUGAUUCGGUCGUACUGCCCGUACGAGAACGUCGUGGAGCAGGAGUAUCCGGCGAUGCUGGUGACCGCUUCUCUCAACGACAAAAGGGUCAAUGUUUGGGAUCCGGCCAAGUGGGUUUCGAGGGUCCGCGCCGCAAACACCGGACAAUCCCCCGUGCUGCUCCGGGUCAGCGAGAGCGAUGGCCACCACGGCCCGGGCAACACCUUGGAUGGCCUCAAGGACUCUGCGCUGGAGAUGGCGUUCUUGGAGAAGCAUCUCAAAGUCUGCUAGGGGGGAGGGCGGGGGGGUUAGGCACUGAAGAAGGCGUGGUGUUUGGAAGUAUCUCGAAGUCUUUUACGUAAGGGGGAAACUCCGCACUAGAGCAGGCAUUUUCGGAGAAGAAUCUGAAAGUUUGUUCGGGGGAGGAGGGCGGGCUCAAAUGCGACUUGCCUUGGUCAUUUGACCGUUCACCAUGUACCUCAACAGAAGUCGACUAGGGGGCAAGUUGGGCAGAGGGAGGUUGCUCCCCCUGCAACACAUACCAGUAUGCAGACAAACUGGAGCUGC